UUCGCUUUGUGAUUCCAACAAAAGUGGGGUUCUUUCCUGAUCUCAUUGAUGCUAUGGUAAGGUCGCAGCCAAUACCGUCUUUCAUCCGGCCGCUGGCCCCGAACGAAGGCUCAGGCUGAGGAUGUACAUACACUCCUUUGUGAUGAUUCCGGACCGCAAGCAUGUUUUAGCCAAGAGCGCGUGCAUAAGACUCUCACGUCAUGGGCAAGCAGGUGGAGACUGCACACGAUUCUCACUAGACGAGGUACAUGCUUAUCUCAUGCCGCUUGCUACUGUGGACGAAGUCGGGACGCAACUUUACUACGAAGACACUGGGGUCCCACCGGGGCGUCCUAACUAUCAAACGCUGUUGCUCAUACACGGUGGAAUCUUCAAUGGAGCGGUGUACAGACCCAUGUUUGCCCACGCGGCAAGACUUGGAUUGCGCCUUGUCACAUUGAAUAUGCGCGACUACCGCGACUCUAGUCCGUACACGCCUUCCGAUCUAGCAGCGCUCGGGAGUGGGGAUCAUCAUGAGCAGCGGUUUGUCCUCCGUGCUCGCGGGGUAGAGGUCGCCUCGUUCCUCCUGUGGUUCAUCCGAAUGGAGCAAAUACCGCCACCAUCCAGUCCUGACGACUACAACGGCAACCGUGGAGGCGGUCUUGCUCUACUCGGCUGGUCCUGGGGAAACAUCAUUACCAUAUCGUUCCUGGCUCACGCCGCGACGCUGCCGGACAACGAUCGCCGCUUGCUGGGUGCCUACUUGACGGGAUUCGUUAUGUAUGACUGCAGCCGGCACGGUCUAGGUGUCCCCCGCGUAAUCAUGGAAGGACUCUAUUCUCCUACGCGUGAUCCAAACAUUCCGGAGGAGCAAAGGCACACAGCAUUUGGACACUGGGUAUCCGGCUACUAUGCACACUCACCUUCUGUACUUGCCGCAUUCCCAUCCGUGACGCUGGACGAGUUGCGCCAAGGGGUCAGCCAAGUGCCUAUCAAGGAUCCGUCCCCAGAUUACGUCGCGUCCGUGGUCAACAUGUCAGCUGAAGAGCUAUCGGAGAUCACGGACCCAGCAGUCAUCACGAGCUCGCAUCCCCUCUACUACAACGUGGACCCGGCGUUGUGCAAGGAGAACCUGGACGCUGCGCUUCUCGACGCGUCUUGGUGUCCCCGCCUGCGUGUGGCGUUGGUGUGGUGCGAUAUGUCUGUUCCUGAGACGAUCAUGUCCACUUGGUACCUCGCAAGGCAGGUCUCGGAACACUGGCCUGCGAGCGCGAGGAAGGUUGACCUUGUACGAUUCGAGGGAGCCAACCACUUCCCCCAUUGGGAUCAACCGAAACGAACGAUUGAGCUUCUCGCCGGAUUAAUAUGAGUGCGCUAUGCCAGUCAUUGCCAGCGACGCCGGAAACGCACCUUGUGGUGGUGGAAAACAGGGGAUUUGUUGGAUGUGAGGCUGCGGACUCGGACUGGCAUGUCUGUCGAAUAUCUGUCGUCUGUCGCGAAGACAUUACAUCAGAAACGCAGUUUUGCCGGAAGAUGCCGCCUACUCUUGGUGGGAUCCAGAUUCCAUGCAAUGCACUGAUCUGCCGAGCACUUGAUUGCCAGUGGGUCGGAGUCUCAGA